AUGGCUACCAGAAGGCGCCACCUCUCCCCAGUCGUACUCGGAAUAUAUCUGAGCGCUUUUGUCGGUGUGUGUGUGGGCGCCGAGCUCUCCUUCACGCUGGAGCCCAGUGACAUCAUCGCGGUGCAGGAGCAGCCUCUGAUGCUGCACUGUCAGGUGGACGGCAUCCCACCAAUCAGGACGCAGUGGCGCCGCAACGCCACGCCCCUCGCCGCCGACCACAGCUACAGCAUGUUCGCCAACGGCUCGCUGCUGAUUGGCCGGUUCCAGAGGACGCGCGUGGACGGCUCGACGGACGAGGGCGAUUACGAGUGUGUGGCCCAGAACUCCUUUGGCCUGGUGGUCAGUCGCAGAGCACGCGUCCAGGCAGCCACGAUGGCAGACUUCCACGUGCAGCCGCGCUCGGUGAGGGGUGAUGUGGCGGGCGUGGGCCGCUUCCAGUGCCAGAUCCACGGCCUGCCUGAGCCCGUCAUCAGCUGGGAGAAGGACGGGCGCCCGGUGGACACCUCAGACCAGAGGUACACUCUGUUGCCCACAGGUGUUCUCCAGAUCACAGGUCUGAGGGGGGAGGACAGUGGGGUGUUCUGCUGUGUAGCCCACAACAGUGCUGGAGUCAAGCACAGCAAUGGAGCUCGCCUCACCGUCUCAGGUUCCCAGUCAGCGGUGUAUAAGGAGCCGGUGAUUCUGGUUGGUCCAGACAACCUCACCCUCACCGUUCAUCAGACGGCCAUCUUGGAGUGUGUUGCCACGGGAUACCCCCGCCCCAUCGUCUCAUGGAGCCGGCUGGACGGGCGUCCCAUAGGUGUGGAGGGGAUCCAGGUGUUGGGGACGGGGAACCUGAUGAUCUCAGACGUGCGUGUGCAGCACUCAGGGGUGUACGUCUGCGCCGCCAACAAGCCCGGCACACGCGUCCGCCGAACCGCACAGGGACGCCUAGUGGUGCAGGCCCCGGCGGAGUUUGUCCAGGCUCCGCAGUCGAUCUCUCGGCCCGUGGGCACGACGGCCAUCUUCACGUGCGUGGCUCAAGGCGAGCCGACGCCCCACAUCACCUGGCUCAGGAACGGACAGGUGCUGGAGCCCAGCAGCCACGUCAAACUCAGGAACAACAACAGUACGUUGACCAUAGAGAGCAUCAGUCAGGAGGACGAGGCCAUCUACCAGUGCAUAGCGGAGAACAGUGCGGGCUCUACGCAGGGCAGUGCCCGGCUGACGGUGCUGUGGGCGGACGGGUUGCCCGGGGUGCCCACGCAGGUGCGGGCACAGGCGCUCUCGCCCAUCGCCAUCCAGGUGUCCUGGAGAGAGCCGGAGCAGCACACGCAGGACAUCAUCGGAUACGUGCUGCACAUACGCAAGACCGCAGACCCAGCGGAGAUGGAGUACCAGGAGGCGGUGAGCAAGGCGACCCUGCUGCAGGUGGUGGGUGAUCUAGAACCUUCCACCAGCUACACGUUCUACGUGAAGGCCUACACGUCCCGCGGAGCCAGCAAACGCUCCGACACCACCGAGCAGAGCACUCUGGGAGAGGUGCCAGCGCCCCCGUCCCUGUUCACGCGUGUGCUGAACAGCAGCGUGGUGCAGGCUCUGUGGGAGGCGUCGGCUAAGCUGGCCCAGCUGGAGGGCUUCCGCCUCUACUACCGCCGCCUGCACGCCCCCGCCUACACCGGCCCCCUCGUCUUCCCACGCAACGUCAGCCAGCACAACAUCACGCAGCUCGAUCCCACGAUGGUGUAUGAGAUCAAGAUCCUGGCGUUUAAUCUCCAUGGCGACGGUAACGCCACCACGCGUUUCGUGUCCCUUAAGGAGCCUGUGGAGAAAUCAGUGCUGAAUCCUCCGUGUGACUGUGAGAAGGACGAGCCCAGUAAGAGCUCCACCACCGGCAUCAUCAUCGGCAUCCACAUCGGAGUCACCUGCAUCAUCUUCUGUGUGCUCUUCCUCAUGUUCAGCUACAGGGGCAGGCUGAUGCUCUGUAAGAAGCUGAUGCUGUGUAAGACGGUGCAGGCUACUCCCCCGGUGGGUCGUGCGGUGGUCCUGGAGUCCUCCAGCUCUUCCCAGGGUGCACCGGGCCUCAACGGCAUCGCCCGGACAACCGCCGAGCUCCAAGGCAAUGCGUCCAUGGCAACCAAACCCCACGGAGAAGCCAAUGAGAUGGAGCGACUCUUCCCAGGCACCUCCCACUUCGAAGGGCGCAUGGACAGCACACACAUGAUGGAGAGCUCCCUGGUGUCCUGCCCGUUCAACGAGACGCAGAUCUCCUCUCUGCCCCUGGACGAGCUGAGCCUGGUGGAGGAGCGAGAGACGCAGUUCCACCAGCUUCCUUUGGAGGGCGCCAGUGAGCAGGACCGAGGGUGA